AUGAGCUCCCUCAAAGAGAACACUACCUCAGAACCUUGCUGGAUCACCAUCGGUGGACCCAAGUCAACUAAGGUCCCCAUUUUCAAUUACUGCCCGUCGAUGAGGAUUGGCCGAGAUAAGCCACCUAUCCCGGUCGCCAUUGAGUGCCGCUCGAUCUCAGAGGCUCUUUCCGUACAUUCGGCUCUCUCAGCUGUUAUCGAUACCCUCGGCCCCACUCCCUCUUCUCAGAAGCUCAUUGACGCUGUCUAUCGGAGCCAAUUGGUGCUGGCUAUGCUCGCUUACCGUGAAAGAUUCUACGCUGUCGUAGUUGGAUCACGAGUCGGUAUAUACAUCUCGAAAUCUGACGCAAUCAAGCAAAUGAAGGGAAUGAGCUACCCGAAAGCGGCUUCGACACGCACAUUUCGUCAAGCGCUCGCUUAUAUGUUUGCCAAGGGUAUUGUAUCGCUCAUUCCAUCCGAGGGUGAUGCAGAGGGCAGCAUUAAUCCGCUGAACGUCGGAGACGCGGAGCAGGACCAGCAGUCUCCUAGCAUUACCUCCCGCUCUCCGUCUCGGAGAGAAGUCGAAGAUACACAAGGAGAAGCGAGCUCGAGCGUGGAGCAGCCGAGCUCUCCCCAUUCAUACGGGAGCUUCGAUGAUGAUGUCUUCGUAGAGGCUCGAUCCUCGCCCUCUACAGGCGACAGCCUCUCGUUAUCCGCUGACGACACUGCACCCCUUGUAUACACGCACAUACGCAACCUCCGUGGUAUCAUCGGGUCGGCUAAUCAGCCACUGCCAGACAACACACUGGCGAAGGAGCUGCGUGCAUCCCUCGGAAAGUACGCUGACUAUUUCAUCCACUCACAAGGAUUCGAGCUCCGUUCCAUCAAGAUCAUCUGCCACGAAUAUAGAGAGAUGGUAGAGGCUAGGAGUGCGGCUGAUGCACGUGUAGCUCACACCUCGGGGGAUUCUUCGUCCAGGGGAAAGAAUGUGGAUAGCGCCAACGUGUUCUCUAUGCGGAUGGCUAGGUACGGCAUGCCCGUUGCAGACGGCCGGUUCUUGUAUUACAUGAUCUCUCUGGGGAAUCGGCCGUCUGCUUGA